UUGUAAUUGCUCGGUAUGAAUAAAGUGAGAGAUAAGCCCAAGAAGGCUCAUCAGAAGAAAAUAAGGAGAACGAAACUUAACAGAACUGUUGAGAUUAGGGGGUCUUCGAAGCCCCCGCCUUAUACGAAAACCGCGCUUAUGAGGGAGCAGAGAUGAACGGAGAUUGAGCGAGAGAAUAGGAUUUUGUUUGAGAAAAUGUCAAAAAUAUUUAACAGGAAAGCUGAAUUCAGAAAAUUUAGUAGUAGCCCAAAACCAACCAGGCCAAAGAUUAGACAAGUGAAAGGGAUUCAUACAACUAUGGAUUCAGAUCAUAUUGCUAAAGAAAAUUUGCGCUUGCUUAGUAGGCUACAAGGCUGUAAGCCAAAUUAUAACUUUGAUAAAUUAAGAUCUGAUUACAAAGCCCAUUCGAAACGAGUGAAGAAGAUUUCUAAAAAUAAGAUUCUAAGGAAGGGAAUGAUGGACAUUUCAAUGCCAAAAAUUAAGCUUAAUAAAUCAAGGAUUAAUAAAUCAUUUAAAAGUGUGGAGCCAAAGAGAAAAGUAAUGAAAACCUCUAAUUUUCCUCCGUUGAAUGUCACUGUUAAGGAAAGACCUUCUAAGACAAAGCUCCUUAAGAGAAGAGCUCGCAGAAUUUUGCGAUUGAAUUCUAAAUAAGCACAGGUCAACAUUCACUCGGAUAAAAUCUCAAUCUCCAAAAAUACGAGAUAAAUCUAAAUUCAUAACUUCCAGCUCAACUAUGAUGCUCCAAAAACAAUAGGCUCGAAUACAACUAACUAGAAUUCUUAAUUUAAACGGCAAAAUGAUGAUUAUUAAUCUAU